GGUGUAGUCAGGAGGAAAUGGUAUGCAGCUCAGCCUGCUCUCUUCCUCCUCCUCCUCCUCCGGGUCCCGUAGCGAUCCUCCUGUCUGUUGCUACACGCACAGACAGCAGCCCGUUUUAAAGUGAAACACUGAGCUCUGAGGUACUCGUCCUGGACCUCUCUCCUCCCGGCAUGCCCCAGCGAGGCGGCUAAAAACGGUUACCGGCUGACGAUGGCUUCGGUGCGGGCGGUGUGCAAAGUUGCGACUGGACUCGUGGGAAGUGUUCACACCCUACGCUGCGGUCUCAGACCCGCUCGCCCGGUUACAUUUCUACACCAGAUUCAGCACAGAAGGCCUCCGCUUGGAAGUUAUCCAGCUCUUUUCUACGCUACAAAUGCUCCCUCUAGCGCAGAUGCAUCUUUGAAGUACAAACAUGGGCGUUUGGUUCUGGAAGUCCCCUUGCCAUCCAGGAAUGAGAAGUGUGUGUUUUUUUUAAGGCCCAUGUUGAUGAGCGUGGGCGACUUGAUCGGCAAUCUGCAGAAAGAGGACCCAGGAGCUACCGCCUCAGUUCUCUCUAACGAUGGGGAGCGCAUUGCCAACAGCACGCUGAUCGAUGCCCUGCUGGACAAGGACUUUCAGCUUGUCAUCAACAACGCAGUUUAUAAUAUCUGCGCUCCUGAAAGGGUGUGUGCAUCUGCUGAGCACGCUAUAGAGCUGGAGGACAUGAAACAUGUUGUGCACCUGCUGCACACGGCACUCCAUCAGCCCGAACACCAGCUGCUGAAGGAGAGGGAGCUCCUGGAGAAACUGGACAACCUCAAACAGGAGCUUUCUCCUCUGGAGAAGAUGAAGGCAGACCUGUCCGGUAAAGCAAACUUCCAGACAUCCAGGGCUCUGUAUGUUGGCCUGGCGCUGCUGUCCGUGCAGGGCGGCGCUCUGGCCUGGCUCACCUGGUGGGUCUAUUCAUGGGACGUCAUGGAGCCCGUCACGUAUUUCAUCACCUACUCGACCAGCAUGGCAGCUUUAGCCUACUAUAUCCUCACCAAACAGGAUUAUGUAUACCCAGACGCCCAGGACAGGCAGUUCCUGCGUUAUUUUUAUAAGGGGGCCAGGAAAAAGAGAUUCAAUGUGGAAAAAUACAAUGAACUCAAAGACAAGCUGGCCCAGGUGGAGGAAGACCUGAGGCGUCUGAGAUAUCCAACCCAACUCCAGCUACCAAUUGAACAAAUCCAGCCGAAGCCAUAAAUGAAGCCAAGCCAUGAAUGAUGGUCCCUCAAACUUUAACAGAGGAAAAACAAAACUAAUUUUCCUGCUUUAUUUUGAUAAUAGCAUCUUUUUAUCUCAAAUCCAUGAAAUUGUUUUCUUUAAGUAUUAAUAAUGAUGCCAAUUAUAUCAUCAAAAGAAAAAAAAAAUAGAACAAAGAUUGAUUGCUAAUGAAAUGAAAUGUUUCCCAAACCCCA